GUACAUCGAAUUUGUUGGUUUUGGAUUUGGGAGAGAAAUCGGAGGAAGGGAGUAUGGGGAGAGGAAAAAUCGAGAUUAAGAGGAUCGAGAAUGUGAACAGUCGUCAGGUGACGUUCUCGAAGCGGCGCGGCGGAUUGAUGAAGAAGGCGAAGGAGUUAGCCGUGCUGUGCGAUGCUCAGGUCGCCGUUAUCAUCUUUUCCGGCACCGGAAAACUCUACGAGUACGCUAGUUCGCGUAUGGAUCAUAUUCUGUCCAGAUACAAUCAGACCCAUGAAAGUCCAGAAGUUGCCACAGUUGAACACGCAGCUGAUCAACAUGAAUCAUCUUCAGCUGAGAUCAUUUCCCUAAAAGGAGAAAUCGGAAAGCUUCAGUUGGUGCAAAGGCAAAUGAUGGGGAAGGAAUUGGAUGGAAUGAAUUACAAUGACCUGCACGCAUUGGAGCAACAGCUCUUUGAUGGAAUUAUGUCAGUCAAGGAUAAGAAGGAGAAAAUACUGUUGGAUCAACUGGAAAAAGCAAGAAUGCAGGAGAAGAAAGUUGUGCAUCAGAAUGAAACUCUGCUGGAGAAGAUUGAGGAGCUUCGACACCAUGCUAGGGCAAAUAGCAUCGAUAAUUAUCACUUUGUUAGCAAAGACCCAUGUGCGAGUUCGAGUUUAAUGACUGAUUGCAAGCUUGAUAAAGAAGGAACUUCUGAUACUUCUUUGCGUUUAGGGUUAUCAUGUGUGGAUCUUUUUGGAAAGAAGAAAAUAUCGAAAAAUGAAACAGAUGAGAAAAAUGAUAUGAUAGUGGAUUAAAAUACUUUUUUUAUUUUUUGGUUCUUAAAUUACUUGUAUCGUGCCAAUAAUUCCAUAAUAUUAUUUAGUUGCUUAAAAUCAAUUACUUCCCAACAUUUCUACAUCU